AUGUCAGCCAUGUCGUACCAGAACGCGGGUUCGAUGCCAGGCUGGAACGAUUGUCCAGUGAUCCCCAGCGCAGGCGCAAAAAAAAAGAGAUCUGUUUCGCAACUGUCCUCUGCAUCUAAUUCGCGAACAUCUCUUUACUCUACGCCGCCAACUCCAGGUUCAGCGUAUGGGUCCCAGACUAGGCUCACUGAUCUAACCCCGCCGCCUGUGAUGGCUUCGAGAGUUUCGUCUAGGCAGUCAUCAGUGUCAAACGACUGUGACAGUGAAUCUCCAUAUACGGCAACAGUAGAUGAGCUGUUGAAAAUGUGGGACUAUGUAACUGUGAAGGAGAAUGCGUUGCCGGAAAAAGAACUCAAAUAUCACUUGGAAAAGGUGAAAACUACGAUCGUGCGACUUGGAGAUGCUUCGCAGAGGCAGUUUCUGUUCAGUAUACUACGCAGGUCUUUGGAUGGAGAAGUGACGAGUGAAUCCAUGAAAGAAGAGGUGCUUUCAUUCAUGAUGUCGAAUGGUGGAGUGAGCUGGUGCGUUUCUCUUCGCAAGGUAUUGGAGAAUGUGGUGGAUUCUUGA